AUGGAAGCUGAGAUCAGAUCCCAGAUCCCCAGCAUCGACCCUGUCCUGUCAGAGUACUCGGUGGGAUACUUGAACCAUGCCGCCAAUUCCUUCUCUUCCGACUCGGACCCUAAUACUCCUUCCCCGCUCGAGGAGGCAGCCGCCACUGUAGCGGCUCUGCUUCUGUCUGCUUCUGGAAACCUGUCAAGAGAUAAUGAGACAGCCAUCACCAGCCUGGUUGAGAAAUUCGUCUCGCGUCUCAAUGCGGCCAAUGGCACUGAUGGUGAACGCCGCCAGAUGGCCCCUUCGGCCAAGAAGCUCGACCAGGCUGUCCACGUGGGCUCCUCAAAGAAUAUGUCCGCGACCUUGGGUCUGUCAGGCGGCACCGUCGAUCUGGAGUCAGCCAACACUCGUAAGGUAGAGUCCAGGGUCGACCGCAAGAAGCUCGAGAAAGCCGAACGUAAGCUGCGUGCCAAGCAAGACCGCAAGGAGUUCAAGAAUGUCGAGUACGAAGCCUCUAAGCUUCUCGAAAUUCCCAACGAGACGCAGAGCUAUGAAGAGUUCUACAUGGCCGUCAAUCCUCUGCAGCUGGGCAGCGACUCGUCCAACAAGAGCAAGGACGUCAAGAUUGACAGCUUUGACGUAUCUAUGCCUGGUCUCCGCAUCUUGACAGAUGCUUCUCUCACCUUGGCCUAUGGUCGACGUUACGGUCUCGUUGGUCAGAAUGGUAUUGGUAAAUCCACGUUGCUCCGCGCGCUUGCCCGACGUGAAGUCUCGAUUCCUACGCAUAUUUCUAUUCUCCACGUAGAGCAAGAAAUCACUGGUGACGAUACACCUGCCAUCCAGGCUGUUCUGGAUGCAGAUGUCUGGCGAAAGCAUCUUCUCAGGGAACAAGAGAAGAUCAGUACAGAACUUAGCGAGUUGGAGGCUGAACGCGCCUCUUUAGCAGACACCUCCGCGGAUGCCGAAAGACUCGAUAAGCAGCGUGAGGGUCUUGAUACUACUCUCAGCGAUAUUCAUGGCAAGCUUGCAGAGAUGGAGUCCGACAAGGCAGAAUCCAGAGCGGCCAGUAUCCUUGCGGGUCUUGGUUUUUCGACCGAGCGUCAACAAUAUGCCACAAGGACAUUCUCUGGAGGAUGGAGGAUGCGAUUAGCUUUGGCACGAGCUUUGUUCUGCGAGCCUGACCUGCUCCUGCUCGACGAGCCGUCCAACAUGUUGGACGUCCCAUCCAUCACCUUCCUGGCCAACUAUCUUCAAGAUUACCCCAGCACAGUUCUGGUCGUCUCUCACGACAGAGCUUUCCUCAACGAAGUGGCCACCGACAUAAUUCACCAGCAUUCCGAGCGUCUCGACUACUACAAGGGUGGUAACUUCGACUCCUUCUAUGCCACCAAGGAAGAGCGACGCAAGACAGCGAAGCGCGAGUACGAGAAGCAGAUGGCGGAACGUGCUCACUUGCAAGCUUUUAUCGACAAGUUCAGGUACAAUGCUGCCAAGUCCUCUGAGGCGCAGUCUAGGAUCAAGAAGCUGGAGCGCAUGCCCGUCCUGCAAGCACCCGAGGCCGAAUAUACGGUACACUUCAAGUUCCCAGAAGUGGAGAAGCUGUCACCUCCUAUAAUACAGAUGAGCGGCGUCUCGUUUGGCUACUCUAAAGACAAGAUUUUGCUGAGGAACGUCGACCUCGAUGUGCAGCUCGACUCGCGUAUUGGUAUCGUUGGUCCUAACGGUGCUGGUAAGACAACAGCCCUGAAGCUUCUCAUUGGCGCACUGCAACCCACAUCUGGUCUGAUCUCGCAGAAUCCUCGACUCCGUGUGGGAUUCUUCGCACAGCACCACGUCGAUGCGCUGGACCUUAACAACAGUGCCGUAGGAUUCAUGUCGAAGCAGUACCCCGGUAAACCAGAUGAGGAAUACCGUCGUCACCUAGGUGCCUUCGGUAUCACUGGUAUGACAGGUCUCCAGAAGAUGGAGCUGCUUUCUGGAGGUCAAAAGUCGCGUGUCGCUUUCGCUUGUCUAGCUUUGACCAACCCACACAUUCUCGUUCUGGACGAGCCUUCCAACCACUUGGACAUCGAAGCUAUGGAUGCGCUGUCUGACGCGCUGAACAAGUUUGAGGGUGGUAUCCUGAUGGUCAGUCACGACGUCACAAUGCUACAGAAAGUCUGCACGAGCUUGUGGGUAUGUGACGAUGGCACGAUCGAGCACUUCGACGGUUCGGUGCAGGCGUACAAGCGCCGCAUUACAGCACAGGCCAACGAGGCGGGUGUUGUAGCUAAGCACUGA